UUAUGUUUAGGGGAAUGGUUUAUAAUAAGAUUUGUCAGAAUCUCAAGUACAUAAAUAAUUCAAUUAGUUCAUUUGUGUAGAGUUCAUUGCAGUGUGAAUAGCAUUUAACAUUCAGCAAGUUCUUUUCUUUUAUUAGCAUUAAAAAUUACUUGACACGCAUACGAUGUGUAAUAGUCUGACGUGUGGGUGUGCACGGUUUUUGACAGAUGAAGAAGUGAUCAUCUCUGGGUGUUGUCAGAUCUAAAAUGAAUGCGUUUCAUUAUAACUGAAUAAACAUGGUAUAUAUUUCUUAACAAAGAUAUAAUUGGAAUGCGAGUUUUGUUCAAACAACAAAACUAUGGCCACAAAACAACCGCAUCAAGUGCAUGGUGCAUAUCCCAACAAUAGACGUUUGUUUAGGUGAAUCACCUAUCAUCCCCUUUCUCAAGUCCAAAACGCAAGGAAGUCGAAGAGAAUUGCACCCAUACCAUUCAUAUUCAUGUGCAUCAACUAACUAGAAAAGAGUGGGCCGCUCUUCACCAUGAAAAGCCCUAUUCCUCAGCGUCUAAAUGGGGCACCCAGUUCCCCUGGAACUCCCGGUGCUCAAGGAGCUCCAACGACCCCUCAGGGAGCAGCUCCCUGUCUUAUAUCAUGCCACACAGAUCUGGCCAAUAGUUUCCAGGUUUUGAAAACGGGGCGUCGAGAACCUGGAGGAUACCUGGCGAGCAGUAUAACCCCCAGAAUCAACGGAGGAGGAAAGCAGCAAUUAGUUUCAAUAAAUGGAGAUUCGAUACGUUGCGAUAGCAUUGAAAUGGACGAGGCGUUGGCUUGUGAUGUAACUACAGCUGGUAUAACAAACACCAAUAAACCACUGUGUGUACAUAUACGAGAAAACAAAUGGUAUGAUGCUGCUAAUGCUGUUUCAACAGGGGCUAAUGGCACCAGCUUAAACAGUGCACUUGAGUCAAUGUCUCUUGCUUAUAAUCCGUCUACUAAACAGCUCUAUUCAUUAGACGAAGCCAAUGGGCUAGAAGAGGAGUCAGAAGUUGAAUCUGCAGAAUCUUGUGAGAAUCGUUCGGCAUGUAUAAUUGCAAAGAUCGAUGCCGAUAUGUCAAAAAAUGAGGGGCCCAGCAUGAAUAAUAGUCCUCGAAGUAGCCUUCCAAGAUCCUGUAGCAGCACAGUAUCAUCUUUGAGUGAAGUAUCGCCCUCUGGGAGUCUGCUAGGUCCCGAAGAACAUCUCAUAUCUCCUGACAAGCCAAAGCGAUGGCCACUAACGAGUUUCUUUACUAAGAAUGUUUUUUCUUGGAAACAAAAGGACCCCCAACAGCACUCGACACCAUCAGGAAGCCCAUCAAGAAAUGCAGAUAAAGUUGGAGGAAGUUCUGCUCUGAUCCCACAGCCUAGGCCUUCAAACUUGCCAGCAAAAAGUCCAAUGGAAGAAGAGAGUCACAGGAAGCAGUACAAUGCAAUCUUAGAAGCUGUUAGAAGACGGGAAGUCAAAGAAGAGAAGGAACGUAAGGUUCAAAGAGAAUUGCAACUCAAGGAAGAGGAGAGACUUGCUGAAGAUUCGCUUACAUGGAGUUCCCAAGUUCUCCCUAAGUUCGAUGCUCUCAGGGAUUCAAAAAAAGUCAGAGAACUCUGGUGGCGUGGUUUGCCACCUAGCAUAAGGGGACGGGUAUGGAAACUGGCGAUAGAUAAUCAGCUAAACAUAACUCCACAUCUCUACAACCUCUGCUUGGAUAGAGCGAUGUCUCAUCCCUCAAACGAGUGCUUAUCGGCAAUAAAGCUUGAUGUAUCACGUACGUUUCCUACUCUCUGCGUUUUUCAAGAGGGUGGACCUAUGGCUGAAAGUCUUCAAGGUGUUCUCGCUGCCUAUGCGGUAUAUCGACCAGAUGUUGGCUAUGUCCAAGGAAUGAGUUUUCUUGGUGCUGUUUUGUCCUUAAAUAUGGAUCCUGAAGACGUAUUUAUGUGUUUUGCAAAUCUCCUAAAUCGACCUUGUCAUAGAGCAGCUUUUACUCUGAAUCAAAAGCAAAUGAGCGUAUAUUAUAAGGUUUACUCGAGUGCUUUGGCUCACAAGCUCCCUAAAAUCUACGCCCACUUCACUGCGUCGGGUCUGAGCCCUGAUUUAUACUUGUUAGACUGGCUUUAUACGGUCUAUGCAAAGGCAAUGCCCCUCGACGUAGCCUGCCGGGUAUGGGACGUUUUUCUAAGGGACGGUGAUGAAUUCCUCUUCAGAACUGCACUUGGUGUUCUUCAUUUACACCAGGAAGAGCUGUUAGGUAUGGAUUUUGUACGCGGAGCUCAAUUCCUUACUAGAUUACCAGAGAACCUCCAGGCAGAGGCUUUGUUCAACAGUAUUAGCCAAAUGUCAACAACAAUUGGCACAAAUAGCUUUCAUCAAAUGCUGGCUCAAAUAUCUUAGAUAUUAAGAAUUACCUACCUAUAUCGCAUGAGAAUGACGUUUAACAUGUGUACCUUCCUACUCAGCUGGGAGUUUUCGUAAUCCUAUUUAGCAAAUACAUUCCUAAAUUGUCUUCGCUCACUCUCUAGUGUGUGUUGGAAUGUUUUGAAAUGAGAAAACAAAUAAUGAAAUAAUAAAUUAUUUAUAUAUAGUAUAUUUUGCUGGCCUCGCAUCAAUGAGAGAGAUAAUCAGGCCCUAAAGAGUCUCUAUAAUAGGAUAAAGUCACCUAAGAUGAAUAAAUUCAUCCAUAAUGUAUGUCUGUAUGUCGUAUGUUUGUAACAAUCACGUGUGGAAAAUUUGAUAUUGUUAUAUGUAAAGCAGCACUCCCCAUUUUCGAGUAGAGUUUAGUUCAAUUCAAUCAUAGCACGAAUACGUAUCGUAGAAUUUUACUAUUUUCUAUUCAAUAUGCAGCAGAUCGACUAGAGCAAAGAAAUGAAAAAGAAAAAUGCAUAAUAAUGAUAAUAGUAAUAAUCAUAUUGAUAGUAAUAAUACACUGAUAAAAUAAUCAUAAUAGUAAUGUUAAUUAAUAAUACGUGUUUAAUCGAUCGACGUAAAUGGUGCUAAAUUUUAUACGAUGAGCUGCUCGUAUUCGUUAAUCGAAUGAAUUGUAAUCGAACUGUGCAUAACGAAAUUCAUUGAUUAUGAACUAAUUGGAAAAUUUAUAUCAUACUGAUAAAAAUGACGCGUCGCGUAAAUAGAUAAUUUAAUAAAUGAAUGAAUAAAUACUUAAAUGAAUGAAGAAAAAUGGAAGAGAGAUCUGAGCAUCGUUGAUUAUAAUUUCAAUUAAUUAUAGAUCACCGAUCUCACCAAUAAUCUUUAGAAUAACUGAAAAAAACGUAUCAUCUUCGUUUAUGAAUUUCCAUAUAAUAUAAGCGAUGGAAUUAUAUGCCAAUCAGUGUGUUGCUGGUAUUUUUUAUUAUAGCUUCACAGUGUUAUUUUUUUAUCUUCCCUAUUCUUACUAAUAUUCAGUACGUACGGUAUACAUAAAUUCUUUUAAACAUGACAAAAAAAUAUAAGUAUAGUAUGCAUAUGUCUACAUUUAACUAAUACGUUGUCCACAGAGAAAAUUUCCAUUUCAACAUGAGCUAUUUAAACUCUUUGAAACAAUUUAAAAGUCUUCAAUAUUAUUGUACCUAUAAUAGCUAUUAUAUAGAAAUUGUCAGGUCGUUCGUAUUCUUCGAAUCAAGUGGGAAAAAAAUGAUCUGCCACAAAUAAUCAGACUAAAAAUAUUCAUAACAUUGAUUAAAUUGCUUGCAACAAUAGAUGAAAAAAAAAUAAAAAAGUGCUUGCAAAAAUUUAAUAUACUUAUAAUAGUACCUAUACAUAAGCAUUAAAUUAAAAAGAAAAAAGAUACAUAUAUCACACUGGGUGAAAAAAAAUUCUCCCAUUGACAAUACUCUUAAAUCCAUCCGAUGUCGAAACAAUAAAUCAAAUUGAUUAAUCCAUCCAUGAUUAAUUAAUAAAUUAUUUUUAUUAGCAAUAAUUUUUUUUUUUUUUUUAAUUUUUCUUUUGAUAUAAUAUUUGUAGAUGUAGAUGUAAAUGUAAAUGUAUAUAAGAAAUUGAAAUACUCGAUUGGUACGUAAAAAUUACUCCAAUAAAUAAUGAUUUUAUCUCCGUAUAAAGUAAUCAUAUUAGUUUAUAAAUAUACGUCAUAUAAUUUAUUAGAGUUUUCUCUCAUUUAUAUAAAUUCAACCCACCUAUUAAUACAAUUAUUCAUCAUGAAAAUAACAUUUUUCAAAAACGUUACGCAUUGAAGAUGCCUAUACAUUACAUGUAUCUGUAAUAAAUAUUUUCCAAUCAAUCAAAAUAGACAAAAAUUAGCAAAAAAUAAUAGGGGGGAAAAAAUUAAACAAUGAAAGGAGGGGUUCAAGAGAAAGCUAGUAACAAAUGAACAUAUAUUCUCAUAAAUGUGUAUCAAACUCGAUUAUUAUUACGAAUAUAUAAUUUGUAAAUAAUAUCUAAUUAAUAGUAAUAUUGAUGUCGGUGCGUAUUUUUAGAUUAUCAAUGAUAUCAUAGAUAUACUGAACAUAAUAUGCAUGUCUGAAAAACAGCUUCCUGUCUCUGUGUAAAUUUUCAGCCACAUACCCAUACAUAUGUAUACAUUUAAUAUACGGUGCAUGUGGUACAGAAUUAUUAUCCUAUACACAUAAAAUAGCUUUUGUAUUAUGAUGAAACGAUCAAGUAUACAGAAUUUGAAAAGAGAAAAAGAAAAGAAAAUUUGGAAAAAAAGGAAAAUUAUCAAUGAAUCAAUAAAUGAUCAAAUAAUACGUCAAUCAAA